AUGCGCUGCGCGCUUCUUCUCUCGCUUCUCCCCGUCGUGGCACUGGCUGCCCCGGCGCCUCCCAACAGGUCUUCCCAGGAUGACUCUGGUAACUACGGCGGCGACUCUGGCUUCGGCGGCGACUCUGGUUUCGGCGGUGACUCUGGCUUCGGCGAUGAUAAUGGCUACAGCGGUAGCACUGGCUCCAACGACCAGUCCUCCCCCUUUGCCUCUAGUGCAGCCAUGGGAGGAGGCUCUGACGGUGGCUAUGUGACUUCGGCUACGCAGGCAGCUGCCCCGGCGGCCAGCGGCCAGUCGGAGAAUGGUGGUUAUUAUUCCUCUUACUAUGCCCAGCCUGAGGCGGCUUCUACCUACGCUGAGCCCGCGGCUGUCUCUACCUAUGCCCAGCCCGAGGCGGCUUCUACCUACGCUCAGCCUGAGGCUGCUUCCAGCUACGUUCAGGUCGUGGCUGCUACCACCGCAGCUGCCGAGACCACUGCCGCGGCUGUCCCCGAUGUCACCCCUGUGGCUGUCACCUCCGCAGCGGCCGACGGCGAUGCCUGCACCGUGACUGAGUACGAUGACAUCUCGUCGGCCGUCGCGUCGUGCACCAACAUUGUGCUGUCGGGCAUCUCUGCGCCUGCCUCCAGCACGAUCGAUCUCACGUCGCUGCAGACCGGCGCGGUGGUCACCUUUGCGGGAGAGACCACUUUCGGCGACACCUACGAUGAUGACUUUGACCCCAUUGUCAUCUCCGGUACGGACAUCACUAUCACCGGUGCCACUGGCCACGUCAUCGACGGCAACGGCCAGGCCUACUGGGAUGGCGAGGGCUCGAAUGGCGGCCAGUCGAAGCCCGACCACUUUAUCGUCGUCAAGGACGUGUAUAAUGGCGUGAUCGAGAACCUAUACAUCCAGAACUGGCCUGUGCACUGCUUCGAAAUCGAGGACGUGGCUGGCCUGGUCAUCUCAGGCCUGACGCUUAACAACUCGGCUGGCGACGCUGCCAACUCGGCGAGCGAUGGUGAAGCCGCCGCGCACAACACCGACGGCUUCGACAUCUCCCAGAGUGACACGGUCACGCUGCAGGAUACCUGGGUGCACAACCAGGACGACUGCGUUGCCAUCACAAGCGGCAGCAACAUCGUCGUCGACGGCUUCUACUGCUACGGUGGCCACGGCUUGUCGAUCGGCUCUGUCGGUGGCAAGAGCAACAACACCGUUGCCGGCAUCACAUUCUCCAACUCGCAGGUCGUUGACAGCGAGAACGGCUGUCGCAUCAAGACCAACUAUAACACCACCGGCUCCAUCAGCGACGUCACCUACGAGAACAUCACCCUCUCCGGCAUCACGGACUACGGUAUCGAUGUCCAACAGGACUACGAGAACGGUGGCGCCACAGGCACCCCCUCCAACGGCGUGACCAUCACCGACAUCUCCUUCAUUGAAAUUACCGGAACCUGCUCCUCGGACGGCGAGGACUACUACAUCCUCUGUGGCGACGGUAGCUGCUCCGACUUCACCUUCACCGACGUUGAUAUCACCGGCGGCGAUACCACCAGCAGCUGCAACUAUCCUGACUCGGGAUGUCCUUAA